AUGACAGGUAAUCCCGAAUCAUCCGUCCGGCGUGCGUGCGAGAGCUGUCGGAAUCGAGAGACUGUGAAGCGAAGGAGGAGGACUUCUAGAGCGAAACCGGGAUCGAGGGAUCGUGUUUCGAGUGUUGAGAAUCGGGGUGAUGAGAUAUAUGAUCUUAUUCAUCAUCCUCAAGCUGCCUCAUCGAGCAAUGGCUCAGCCUUGACUCCGGACUCCCUGCCGAGGCACACAAACAGGUCGGGAUCUUUCGUCGAAAGCGCUUCAAGACGGAUGAACAGAGUGAGCAUUAACGAUGAAGUCUCAGUAUCUUGGCUUCCCUCAGCAACAGAGGCAAGACCAUCGCCAGAUUCACUUGACCAUGCAGUAGAAGAGUACCGAAGGCGGCUAUACUUCCAGCCGCUGCCUCUCUUCAAUCCAGAAGGUCUGAGAGAUCGAAUUGAGAGAUUUCCCAUGUUUCUUCAAUGGAUCUUCUUAGCACUUGCGCUUUCAAAUCUCCCUUAUGAUUCGAGCAGUGCAAAGGAAGCAGACUUAAUCCACUCUCAUACGAGAUCAGCGCGUGAUAUGGUACUUGAACUUGCCAUGCGAGGAACAGCCCAGUUGGAAAUCUCACAAGCUCUAUGUCUCCUUGCUCUGGAAGGAAGACCAGCAUUGGCCUUAAUGACAAUUGGAGCAGCCAGCAGGCUCGAACUCGUCCGCGGAGCAGGCUACUCAGAGUCUCCUCACAGCCCCCAAGGCGACGCCAGUCUCAGAUGUUACUGGAGUGUUUUCAUCCUCGAAAAGGGCUUCGCUCCUCGUUUCACCCUGCUCUCCCAAACGCACACCAAACCCGAAUAUCCUCGCAGCGCAAGAGAACCCUCACCGCCUGCAUAUUUAGGCGAUGAAGAAUAUGCGCCGGAUCUCGAAAGUAUUCGCGAUGACUUGAGGACAGACCCUGGAAUUACAUCACAUGCUGUACGCGCUGUGUCGUUCUGUGGUGAUGUUAUUUCAUACCUUCAUGCGCUGCAUAUCGGAAAGGCUGAUAACCCUGCUGAUACGAAUUCUAACUUUUACCAAUUGACGAAUACCCUGUAUGAUCUUGAGUCUAGACUCGGUCAUAUACAUUUCGUUCGCAACGUGGGCUUUUCAGAACGAACACCAGAGGAAUUCGAAAGACACCGCGAUUUAGUCGCUGCGACAGCGACAAUACCGUGGCUUUUCCAGUAUGCGAGGGAUGCCAAAGUCUCAGAAACUUCAAAGGAGAAUUACAGAAAAUGCAUCGAGUUUCUAGAGUCGAUGCCUGAUCCUUCACCGAGAAGUAUACACAAGCGAGAACUUUUACACCAACUACAAACAAUGUCGAGUCAAGCCCAGGAUAACAACAUGAUUAGUUUUCAGCCUUCCAAGAUCUGGCAACUCAUCGACUCUGAUAUCAUGGACGCUGUAGCACCGCAGCCUACGGUUGAUGGUACGCAGGGCGGUCAAUCUGAUGCUUCAAAGACAACCGUUAGUGUGCAAACGACUUUUGUUCACCCUGUUGGUGAAAGACGAACGGAUCAACGACAGACUUCGCUGGGCGAUUCGAUGACUGCUGAUAUUUAUGAAGGGUUGGAGCAGUAUUCUCUUGAUAGUAUAUUCUCGCAGCCUAUGUUUAUCGACCAUGCAUGGCUGCAUGUAUGA